AUGCCUUCCCUGUCCGACCCUCCUCCAGUCCCGCCGCCUGUCCCCGUCGAAACCCACCCCAACCGCGCCGUCGGGUUUAAGCCGUCUCCUGACCAGCAACGAGCUCUCCCCGAUCCCACGCGCCUCGCCCCGGAGGACGCGUACUACUCGCAUGGGCUGUCCCGCACGCGCACGGCGCCAAACACAUACGAUGACCCUCUCCAGCCGCUGAAUGGCAGCGCAGGCACGGCUGUGUCGGUGGCGGCGCUGCGCUCGCCGCCGGCGGUGCCUCCGCGAAAGGUGCGCGGGACCAGUCGACGGCGCAGACGCAAGGGCGCGUGGAAGAAGCUUCUCUGGGUGAAGCAGUCGUAUCCGGACAAUUACACCGACACGGAGACGUUUCUCGACCACCUCCAGCGCAACCCGCGCGUACGUCCGUAUGAUUUCUGGCCAUUGGUGGCGGAUUCUACGGUCAUUGUGCAGCACGUGUGCUCGGUGGUUAUCUUUGUGUGUUGCUUUGUGGGGAUUGUGCAGGGACGCGUGAGCCCGGUUUCGGUGGUGUGCUGGGGUAGCGUGGGCACGGCGAUGGGGUGGUUUCUGUGGGAUACGUGGGUUUGGAAGGAGCACAAGGAGAGCCCGCAUGUGGUGGAGCGCGUCUCGGAGGGCGACGAUGGGUCGAGCUCGAGUUCGCUGGCCAGCUCGGGCAACGGCUCCGGCUCCCGGAUUAAGGACGGCCAAGUCCACGGACUGGGGUUGACGAUGGCGCAGAGUGAGCCGGCAGACGCUGGACGGCGGGGUGAGGGGAUGAGUGAAGCCCAGGGCUCCGCCGAAACCACGCCAGUCAACUCCCACGGGCCCCAGUUUCCAGCUCAGGAUCCCGGCACUUCCUUGCUCUCCUCGCGCAACCGCCAGAGGCUGUCGACUGUCAAGUCCGCCUUUCUUAUCUACUGUGCCCUCCUCGGACUCAGUCCCAUCUUGAAAUCCCUGACAAAGUCCACGGCGAGUGACUCGAUCUGGGCGAUGAGCUGCUGGCUGUUGAUCAUGAACAUCUUCUCUUUCGACUAUGGGAGCGGUGAGGGCGCUGGCGCCACCAAAUUCCCCGCCUCCCUCUCGACCAACGCGGCUGUGAUGGCGUCGACGGUGCUCGCGUCGCGGUUGCCGUCUACCACCCAUGUGUUCAGUCUGAUGCUGUUCUCCAUCGAGGUGUUCGGGCUAUUCCCGAUCUUCCGCCGUCAGCUGCGACAUAUUUCCUGGACCGGGCACGUCCUUCUGACGCUGGCGCUGGUGAUCGUGGCCGGUGGCGCUGUGGGGAUGACGCUACGGGGCGGACUCGCUGCGGCGGUGGUCGGCUCCAUCCUGGGCAGUAUUCUCACGGCGCUGGCCAUGGGCGGCUGUAGCUGGUGGCUGAUCAGCCUGCAGAAGUAUAAGAAUGUGGUGAUCGGCCCGUGGGAUCCGGCACGGCCCAUUAUCCGUCGGCGUUGGGAUUGA